GACGCAGCCUGCAGCACACGUCUGUUGCUAUAUAGAUUAUUUUGAAUCGUGAUUAUUAUUUUUAAUUGGAGUGCAGUGUUGUGCUAUGGCUGAGGAAGGAGCUGCAGCCACUGGAGGGGCCGCUGCUGGGGAGAAAGUUAUACACACUUAUCCGUUGAUAAGGCAUUCCGACAUGUCUGAAGAGAUGCGUACGGAAGCGAUGGAGCUCUCAGUCACCGCCUGCGAAAAGUUCUCUCAAAAUAACGAGCUAGCAGCGCGAAUGGUCAAGGAGUCAAUGGACAAAAAGUUCGGACCUGCCUUCCACGUCGUGGUCGGCGAAAGCUACGGCUUCGAGAUAACAUAUGAAUGUACGACCAUUUGCUACAUGUAUUUUGGAGGAAAUCAAGCGAUAUGCAUUUGGAAGUGUUCGUGAAAAUGUGCGUGAAAUGAACAAUUUUGUUACGGCCUAGCCACGCCUAGCCAUGUUGGCGCGAUUCGCUAUCGUCUAUUGGAGCAUAGACUGCGGCAUAUCACAAUAUCCUAGAAAUCAAUACAUCUGGGUUUACUGUACGCCUCGUAAACGCCUCGUAGACGUCGCGUGUCUGGGCCGUUCCUGGGAACUGAGCGAUCUCAAAUGAGAGAUUCGACACUUUUUUACAAUAAAAAAAUCUUUGAAUAUUUCCCAAGAAAAUUAAUAAUUGUCAUUAGAAAAAUCGAGUGGCUAAAGGGUAAUUUUUCUAGAAUAUUUUAUAAAACAGGAUCGAUAGUUUUUAUAUACCAAAAAAUUAUGAAAGCCAAAUAUAUGUAGCUUAGGUUACGACAGUAUAUUCAUACCUAGCCCGCAUAGUGAUAUGUACUGUCUAGAAGGGUCGGGCUAUGUAGGAAGGGUUCGGACCCUCAUGUACUAACUACCUAAAUAAAUACAAGAUCGAAAUGUUAUGCUGUUUAUGUUCUAAAAUAUAUUGUCUACUAGUGGUCCGCCCCGGCUUCGCCCGUGGUACCUACAUGUUUAAACUAUCCUAUCUCUCAAGUUGGAUCGAAC